UGACGCUCAGAUCAAGAUGGCGGCUGUUGUCGAGGUGACGCUCUGAGCUCGCGCUGUCAUCCGAACCCAGGCCGAGAAAACCCGAAGCUCCGGAACCGAAUCACGACCACAGCCGAGUCCGGACGAACAGAACCGAACCGAACCGAACCGAUUCUGUCGUGAAGCAGGGGGCAGAGUGAUCGCAGUCAUGGACACGACCACAUCCAUCAAGAUGACCACGCUGGCGAUCCAGAACCUGUUCAGCUACGUGGAGGAGGAGAACCUGUCGGCUCUCAAAGCUCACCUGGACCGGUUCAAGGAAGUGGACGGACGCAGCGACAAUGGACAGACACCCAUCAUGCUGGCGGCGGAGCAGGGCAGUCUAGAGAUUGUUCAGGAGCUCAUCAGGAGAGGAGCUAACGUCAACCUGGACGAUGUGGACUGCUGGUCGGCUCUGAUCUCAGCAGCUAAAGAAGGUCACAUGGACGUGGUGAACGAGCUGCUGGAGAACAGCGCCUACAUCGAACACCGAGACAUGGGAGGAUGGACAGCUCUGAUGUGGACGGCUUAUAAAGGUCGUGAGGACGUCACCAAGCUGCUGCUGGAGCAUGGAGCCAACCCCAACACUACAGGACAGCAAUACAGUGUGUAUCCAAUCAUCUGGGCCGCAGGUCGAGGACACGCCCACAUCGUCAAACUUUUGCUACAGAACGGAGCAAAGGUCAACUGUUCUGACAAGUAUGGGACCACCCCUCUCAUCUGGGCGUCCAGGAAAGGACACUUUGACUGUGUGAUGCACCUGCUGGAGAACGGAGCUGAUGUCGACCAGGAGGGGGCGAACUCGAUGACGGCUCUGAUUGUGGGGGUGAAAGGCGGGUACACCGAGGUGGUGAAGGAGCUGUUGAAGAGGAACCCCAAUGUCAACAUGACUGACAAAGACGGAAACACUGCACUGAUGAUCGCCGCCAAGGAGGGUUACACCGAGAUCGUCCAGGACCUGCUUGAUGCCGGGACAUACGUCAACAUCCCGGACCGGAGUGGUGACACAGUGCUGAUUGGAGCAGUGAGGGGGGGUCAUGUGGAGAUCGUCAGAGCUCUUCUUCAUAAAUACGCCGACAUCGACAUCAGAGGACAGGAGAGUAAAACUGCUCUGUACUGGGCUGUGGAGAAAGGAAACGCCACUAUGGUGCGAGACAUCCUGCAGUGUAACCCUGACACCGAGACCUGUACCAAGGACGGAGAAUCUCCGCUCAUCAAAGCAACGAAGAUGAGGAACAUCGACAUCGUGGAGCUUCUGCUCGAUAAAGGAGCCAAAGUGUCGGCUGUCGACAAGAAAGGAGACACGCCCCUUCACAUCGCUAUCCGUGGUCGGAGUCGCCGCCUGGCCGAGCUCCUCCUCAGAAACCCUAAAGAUGGCCGUCUGCUGUACCGACCCAACAAGGCGGGAGAGACGCCGUACAACAUCGACUGCAGCCACCAGAAGAGCAUCCUCACGCAGAUCUUUGGAGCACGUCACCUGUCCCCCACCGACUCGGACGGAGACAUGCUGGGUUAUGAUCUGUACAGCUCGGCUCUGGCUGACAUCUUGAGUGAACCCACCAUGCAGCCGCCCAUCUGCGUGGGUCUGUACGCUCAGUGGGGCAGCGGCAAGAGUUUUCUGCUCAAGAAGCUGGAAGAUGAAAUGAAGACGUUUGCUGGACAGCAGAUCGAGCCCUUGUUUCAGUUCUCCUGGCUCAUCGUGUUUCUGUCUCUGCUGCUCUGCGGUUCCGUCGCCAUCGUCCUCGGCUUCACCGUUGACCCUAAACUGGCCAUGGCGGUUUCCCUCAGCCUGCUGGCUCUGCUCUACGUUUUCUUUGUGGUGGUGUAUUUCGGCGGGAGACGGGAGGGCGAGAGCUGGAACUGGGCGUGGCUGCUCAGCACUCGUCUGGCCCGUCACAUCGGGUAUCUGGAGCUGCUGCUAAGGCUGAUGUUCGUCAACCCACCGGAGCUUCCGGAACAAAGCACCAGAGCUCUGCCUGUCAGGUUUCUGUUCACAGACUACAACCGUCUGUCCAGCGUUGGAGGAGAAACCUCGAUGGCUGAGAUGAUCGCCACGCUGUCUGACGCCUGCGAACGAGAGUUUGGCUUCCUGGCUACACGUCUGUUCAGAGUGUUCAGGACUGAGGAGACACAAAGUAAGAUGAAGUGGAAGAAGACAUGCUGUGUUCCAUCCUUCGUCCUCUUUGCCGUGGUUCUGGCCUGUUUGGUGACCGGCAUGGCGCUGCUGGCCAUCUUCAAGGUGGAUGGAGAGAACCAGACGGUGAACACCAUGCUGAUUGCCAUCGGCAGCAUAGUGGGUCUAGCUCUGCUGCUGAACUGCAAAACGUGGUGGCAAGUGACCGACUCGGUGCUGAACUCUCAGAGAAAGAGGCUCCACAGAGCCGCCAACAGGAUGCACAAACUAAAGAGCGAGGGCUUCAUGAAGGUCCUGAAGAAUGAGGUGGAGCUGAUGGCGAGGAUGGCGAAGACCAUCGAUGGGUUCACGCAGCAUCAGACCCGGCUGGCGGUCGUCAUCGACGGACUAGACUCCUGCGAACAGGACAAAGUUCUGCAGAUGCUCGACACAGUUCGGGUCUUAUUCUCCAAAGGUCCGUUCAUCUCCAUCUUCGCCAGCGACCCGCACAUCAUCAUCAAAGCCAUCAACCAGAACCUGAACAGCGUCCUGCGAGACUCAAACAUCAACGGACAUGACUACAUGAGAAACAUUGUCCACCUACCUGUCUUCCUCAACAGCAGGGGGCUCUCCAGUGCCAGGAAGAUGUGUGCCCCUGCUCCUGCCAACGGAGACACCGCCAACCCUGACGGUUGGCAGGACGAGUUUGACAGGAAACUGUCUCAGAACAGUUUGGGAGAAUUAACCAAGUUCGGCAGCAAGACGGCGCUUGCCCGCAGGGACACGUACCGGCGCCGUCAGGUGCAGCGCUCGGUGACUCGUCAGAUGUCGUUCGACCUAACGAAGCUGAUGGUGACGGAGGAUUGGUUCAGUGACAUCAGCCCGCAGACCAUGAGGAGGCUGCUCAACAUCGUCUCUGUCACAGGUCGUUUGCUUCGAGCCAAUCAGAUCAGCUUCAACUGGGACCGCCUGGCAUCGUGGAUCAACCUGACGGAGCAGUGGCCCUACAGGACUUCCUGGCUCAUCCUGUACAUGGAGGAGACGGACGGCGUCCCUGACCAGGCCACACUCAAGACCGUCUAUGAGAGAGUAUCCAAGAACAUCCCGACCACAAAAGACGUGGAGCCGCUCCUGGAGAUCGACGGGGACGUUCGCAGCUUCGAGGUCUUUCUGUCAUCACGGACUCCGGUCCUGACCACAAGAGACAUACGCACAUUUCUGCCGUGCACCGUCAAUUUGGACCCGAAACUACGAGAGAUCAUCGCAGAUGUCCGUGCGGCUCGUGAGCAGAUGAAUAUGGGCGGGGUCACUUACUCCCCCCUCCCCCUGCAAGAGGCUCAGCCCCGCCCCACCUCAGUGUACAGUCAGGUGUCGUCAGCAUGCUCACCCUCCGCUUCCUUUAAUGGACCUUUUAACCAGCCACCAGGGGGCAUCAUUUCCCCGCAGCCUCACAGCAGCUAUUACAGCGGCAUGGCAGGACCACAGCACCCCUUCUACAACAGGCCAUAUUUCCCCCAUCACCUUUACCAGCUGCCACCCCCGAUCGUUGCAUCCUCCUUUUCAUCACACCUUUAUCCACGCCCGCCACCUAAAGCCUCGUCAAGCAGGGACGCCACCGCUGCACCUGGUUCGGCCUCCAUCGUGUCAGGCCCUCCUGCCAUUCUCCUCAGCUCCAUGACCACGGAGGCAGUCUGUGAGCGUGUGCGGCAGAUCGAAGGCAUCGACCAGAGCAUGAUCGGACCGUAUGCCACCACUAUCAGGAAGGCAAACGUCAAUGGCAGAGUUUUGUCUCAGUGUAACGUUGAUGAACUGAAGAAGGAGAUGAAUAUGAACUUUGGAGACUGGCAGCUCUUCAGAGCCACGGUUCUGGACAUGCGUCAUGUAGAGAGUCGGGUGCUGCAUGAGGAAGUGGCCAGUGAGCAAGGCAGCGUUGUUGGAGGUAACGCUGAAGUAGGACGGCGAGUUGUGGCAAAGCCUCACGCUGGCACUGCCAACACAGAUGCUUCCCCGAUGUACAGCUUCAACCUGAGCUUCGAGGAGCUGAGCAACAUCGGACUGGACGAAUCAACAAGACGCGGAAAUUCUCAGUGGAUGGGUGGAGCUCAUCGCACCGCAAGCAUGACCAGCCUGAACUCCCAAGAGUCAUCCAACGACAUCGCCAAGCUGACGGACAAGCAGCAAUCCGAGUACAGCAACGCUUACCAGGAGUACAUUGCCCAGAUGGCCCAGCUGGAGAUGGGUGGCGGUGGCGGAGAGAAGCCCAUUCAACCACAGCCGGGACAGUUUAUGACAUCAUCUUCAGAUGACAAGAGUAAGAACGUUGUUGAGCAGGAUGGACACAAACCCUUCACUAAGAGGAGUGGCAGCAAGGUGGUGUCGGACACUGACUUCACCUCCAAUGGUGAUGCCCUUGACCCCAUCACGGAGGAGGAUGAAAAGGGUGACCACAGAUCCUCCAAGUCCCUGCUGACCCACAAAACCUCAGCUGAAAGAGGCGGGCUGUUCCAGGGUGCUGCCGACCUGAAGCUGAAGGCUGGUGGAGGGCUGCGUUACCAGAAGCUGACCAGUGAUGACGAAGAGUCCGAAGAGUCAGAUAAUGCCCCCUUGCUGAAAGAUGGCAAGAGGGUUGGAGAACCCAAACUGCCUGGUGGCUCACUGGCGCUGAAGGGGAAGGACUACCUGUCGGACGCCAUGCUGGAUAAGAAGGACUCGUCCGACUCCGGUGUGCGCUCCAACGAGAGCUCCCCCAACCACUCGCUGCAGGAUGAGGAGGCGGAUCUUUCACAGCUGGAGAGGGCCAACUUGAUUGAGCUGGACGAGGAGAGCCAAGCCAGGAAGCAAGGUCUUCCCAGCAGCCUCAGUGGCCUUCAGGAUCCAGCUGUUGCUCGCAUGUCCAUCUGCUCCGAGGACCAGUGCAGCCUGCUGGCCAGCAGCCCAGAGGAGAGCUGGCCCUCGUCCAAGAGUUACAACCUUAACCACACUCCAAGCAAUGUGACGCUCAACAACAACACCAAUUCCCAGCAGGGCAACCGUCCCCGCCAGCCUGGAGAGGGCUCCAAGUCCUCCACCAACCCCACCUCCUCGUCCACCGCUGAUGUCAUCAUCGCCCAGAGCACCGGCACAACCGGAUCUUCCGGGACUGCCGCCACCAGACCAGGGCCGAAUAAUGAGAAUGUCCGCGUGGUUCACCUGAAGAGGGGUCUGAAGCCUGGGGACCCGCCAGAAAUCUGCGCCGUGUCCUCCGACACUGUCACCUUCGGCGAGGAGCGCGAGAGCAUCCUUUGACCUCAUCGUAAAAGAUCGAGAGAGCACUGAGGGUCCGGCAGGAGCUGCCCCUCUGCCCUCUGAACCAAUCAGAAGCUUGUGAUCAGAUGAGUUGUAUUUAAAUGUUUGACUUUCAGAGGUCAGAGGAGCGGUUGCUGCUGGUCUGUAUGUUCAGUCUUGAUGUUGCAUGAUCAGUCAUAGUAGAUGAAGCUCAGUAGUGACAUAUAGAAGCUGCAGUAUGAUUUGUAUUGUAACAUUUACUGUUCAUUCAUGUCUGAGACGGAGAAACAGAAAAUGCAUGCGUUUUAUGACAAAUAAUGAAUUUAACUCAAUGUUUCUGUGAAGAAGCCUCGUCAGAGUCUGAACAUCAGACACAAAGUGAAGCAGAGUGGCUUUUAUUCUAGUGCUGUGUAGUAGCUGCUAUGAGCUAGUAUUGACAUAAGAGCUUUUAGAUAUGCAUAUAUGUAUAACAUGUAAUCAUUGCUAAUGAAAAUCCUAAGUGUAGCUGCUCGUAUGUUGUCAUCUUCAGUACGUGUGCUGCACAUGUGAUGUAAACAUUAAAACACGUGAAACAUAAAAUAAGCUGUUGACACAGUAAACAUGUUUCAUUAGGAAACUUAACAAUUUAGAUGUAUUUAUAAAAAACGUUUUGUCUGAAAAAUUUGUUUUUCUGUUACUAGAAAAUAUCAGAUUCAUGAAAUGUAAAGUGAUUUUAAAUGUUAACGUGUUUGUGUGUUGUGUUUACGUGCUACAUUACAUGUCAUUCAGCCGACACUUUUAUCCAAAGCGACUUCCAUUUUGUGAAUUCAACAUCUACUGUAUGUUCAGGGUUCAGUUUCUUGCCCAAGUACCCCUCGUCAUGGGCUGGGAUUUGAGCCGCUGACCUUCAGGUUGGAGGACGAGCCCUCAUGCUUCAGGUUAAAAGCAGUGAGUGACGCUCAUUAGAGCUGAAACUGAUAAUUGAUCACUAAAUAUUGAGGAAAAAUCAUAACCCACGUUUUAGAAAACGAACAACUGUAGUAAACAGAUGACAUUGACCCUGGUGUCUGGCUGCAGUAUUGAUCAUAAAACCCUCCUCCAGGUUAGCAGAUGGGACAGGGACCAAACUCAAAAAGUAGACCUUAAGUAAAUGUUUGUCAAAGAUGUUUCUGAUCUGUUUGUUUUUAAUUUGUUAAUUGAUGAUACUAUGUUAUUGAUUAUCAUUGCUUCAACAUGAUCAGGGAAGGAAGUCGUGAAAGUUCAAACAUGAAUUGGAAUAAAAACGUGAAAAGUAAAAUGAAUUAUUUAUACCAUUGCCGAUUAUUUGACUAUUCAAUAAUAUUGAUCAGUGUCAGAUCUACUGAAGCUGCAUGUUGAUGUAACAUAUGUUUUGCCAGUGUUGUGUUCAUCGCCUUAGUGCUGCUCUAAUCAUGUGACUUUAAUAAACUUAAAUAAAUGGUGAAAACUGA